UGGGCGUUGUCGUCCUUUCAUUUUUAAUGUGAUCACUUCAGUUACUUGACUUUUUUGGAUUUUAUUGUUCGCCGAAAAUGAGCCUAUUCACAAGCCCACCUCCUGUAGUCAAGCGCCUCAUUAGCUACAUCAAAGAGGGCUCAGACAAGGAGGAAAAAUGGAAAGAAAAGGCUGUGAAAUCACUCGUUAAACGACUAAAAAACGGAAAUCAACUGGAUGAACUUGAAAGGGCACUGGCGAGUCAGGACCCAUCAACCCGAUGCGUUACUAUUCCCCGUUCUCUUGACGGGCGCUUACAGGUUGCCCAGAAGAAAGGCCUUCCCCAUGUGUUCUACUGCCAAUUGUGGCGGUGGCCGGACCUGCAUACACAACAUGAAUUACGACCGAUCGCAACGUGUGAAUUCUCCUUCCACGCUAAACGCGAUGAGGUGUGCAUCAACCCUUAUCACUAUCGACGGAUCGAGAACCCCGUCCUCCCUCCAAUCAUGGUACCCCGAAACUCACAGAACAGCGGGAAUGGGUCGAUCAGUAACAACCCCCUGCAUCGCGGUAUGAGUGAUCAUGGAGAACGAUACUCUUCCUCCAGUACAGGCGGGUCACGCUUUGGUCAUCAGCACCACAGUUCCGCUUAUUCCUCCCUUCAUCAUCCGUAUCAAUCUGGCGGUGGUAUGCAUCCUCAACACCUGAUGCGCGGUCAUCAUGGUUCAAACGCGUCUCUGGGCGGCGAACCGAUGCUCCUGGGAGACGAUGGUGGAAGUCAACCUAACAGUUUGGCCGCCCUCCUCGUCCCGCCCACAAAACAACCCCGGCAGCACCUGGCGACAGAUGCCGUCACAGCAGCUGCCCUAACCCGAGGCACUGGUGACGAUUUCACCGUGGUGGGUCGAUCUCUGCUGGGCGACAGUUCUUCCGGUUCGGCCAGUUCUCAUCCUCCUUGUGUUAGUCUCCGUGAGACUGCAGAUAAUACCACCCUUGGUGGUCCCCCGAGCCUAGUCCACACCCCACCUCCUGGCACCCCACACAGCCAUAGCUUUCAGUCCCUCAUGCUUGGACGAGGCGGUGGCGAUUCACAAGAGUACCGGAGCGGAACAACCGGUAACCACGUUCACAACACCUCAGGGGCUAAUUCCUCUGGCAGCCUGAGACCUAUCGGUAUGGAUGACUAUCCCGGUGGCGUGAAUUCCAUCAAACAAGACGAUGGCAUGAACGAUUCCCAUUAUGGUAGCGGCGGGGGUGGACAUGCUCUGGGCGACUUGAGCACUUCUGCCUACAUGCAACAACCAUCGUCUGUUUCCUCCUCCACCACUCAGAAAGCCUCCAGCAAUUGUGGUCUUGGUCUGUCCGGUAGUCCACAAGAUACAUCUUCCCCUGAGGAGAACUGCAUCAGUGAAGAUGACAAUAUGGAUUUGGGACUGGACAUGUUCAACGACGUGCUCAUCGAUGGCACGGAGAUGACCUCAGUCGCCUACAAGGAACCCGAGUACUGGUGUUCCAUCUACUAUUAUGAAAUGAACACUCGAGUCGGUGACACUUUCCACUGUUCCAGUCCUUGUCUCACCGUGGACGGAUUCACCGACCCCAACCGUCAUAAUCGGUUCUGUUUGGGACUUUUGUCAAACGUCAACCGGGGACGUCAGAUCGAACUGACGCGUCGGCAUAUUGGUCGAGGCGUGAAGUUGUACUACAUCGGUGGUGAGGUAUUCGCUGAGUGUCUCAGUGACAGCGCCAUAUUUGUCCAAUCCCCAAAUUGUAACCACAUGUACAAUUGGCACUUGGCCACCGUGUGCAAAAUCCCACCUGGUUGCAAUUUGAAAAUUUUCAACAACCAAGAGUUCGCAAAUCUGCUCACCGAGAGCGUGACACGCGGAUUUGAAGCGGUCUAUUCGCUCACCAACAUGUGCACGAUACGAAUGAGCUUUGUCAAGGGAUGGGGUGCGGACUAUCGGCGGCAGACAGUUACAAGCACACCGUGUUGGAUCGAAAUUCAUCUCAACGGCCCUUUGCAAUGGCUGGAUCGUGUUCUCAGUCAAAUGGGCUCUCCCGAUCACCCAUGCACGUCUGUGAGCUGAACGCGGAGCGCGCCGAGCUGAGCUGAGCUGAUUUUGUGCAUACUUGACAUUUUGCGCUCGUUUCCCUUUCUCACCCCUCGCGCACCGUCGUCUCGCCAUACAUCAUAGAUCCGCAGUCAUUUGCUCCUGUCUCUCACUUGUUCACAUUCACAUACAAGUUUACUCCGCCUUCCCUGAUCCUCCUUACACACACACACACACGCGUGUGGGGUGUAUUGUUGCCUACUGUCGGAUUAGUGUCUCUGUGGCCAUCAUUUUAUCCUUGUUUGUCUAUCUGUGUAGGUCCGUCCCACCUGACCCCUCCUGCUUCACGCCUACCUUGUCCUCAGCUUUUUCCUCGUUCUAUGUUGCCGAGCGCGUGUGCUGUGUUUGUUUGUCCAAUAGCUGGAACACAAGUUGCUACCGCUCCUGCCUACGUCUUUCGUCAUCCUUUCUCUUCGCUUUUCUCUCACUGGAUAACAUAAAGACUUGCAUCGAAACCACCACAUUCUGCGUCUGAAUAUCGUACCGCCAUCCGGGCAGUGUUAUUAUCCGUGAUGCAACCCUUGUUCUCUUUUCUCUGUUGCAAUUAACGAUACUGCGUACGAUCUGGGUUCGAUUCAGAGCGUUACAAUUGACCCAAGUGAAUGUUGUAUUUACGAUUUCCAAAUCAUUCAUUGUUUUCUGGCUGCAAUGUCCCUCUGAUGGCUGAGUCUGAAGCGCCACUCUUUGUCUGUGUACACACACACUGUUUUCUGAGUUGAGUGGUUGGAGGUCGAGGGAUCGUUUGGUCGGUCGCUCGGUCCGCAUACUCCAACACUACAAGCCCAGGUACAGUUGUCAUUAUCUCGCUCUUCAGGUUCGACCAGUUUUCAUCCCAGACCUGUUUUACCUUCACAAAUUCAAGGUUACCACGAUUAGUUUAGUUGCGCCGGUUGUCUUGCCAUUAUUUCUUAUUUUGUAUCCUGUGGUUGCCGCUACACCCACGGAGCGUUCUUGGACUACCCACACAACACCUCCGGUUCUACUAAACCCCCACCCAGAUCUUGUUCUUCACUUCACCGAAGAGUCAGGUCAGUGGUGUCUAUCGGAUUUGGUGCACACCACCCUCCCCCCCACCACCACAGGAUUUCCCGUCGGUUUUCACCUGUAUCCCGUCCUCAUACACCACAGUGUCUGUGUAGACCUCAUUCUCGGGCUCAGAAUCGACUCAGGUUCCGCUGUUGCUGUUUUCGUUGUUUUUCUGUUGUUUCUUUUACAAACGAACGCGCUUCUUGUUUUGUUCAUCCCCCCGCUAUCAUGACUGCGUAUUUUUCGUUUGAUUCCCAGAAAAAAUGUUGGUUUUAUCAAUAACUUAGUGAUGGUUCACAGCCUGUCAAGCGCUUUAUUCAAAUAAUCCAUCUCGGAUUGUUUUUUGAUCACUUGACUUCUUUUAUGUGAGUAGCCCAAUAUCACCGUGACCUCGGUUUCUCCAUUUUGUGAUUGAUACUCAGGCAGCUAUCGAGCCGUCUUUGCCAGUCAGCAAUGUUUCCGAUUCUUGGUAGAGAUUGUCCUUGCUUGCUCUGCUCUCCUUGCGUGUUUUUCGAGGCUCCAUUGGCGUCACCUACACACACACACACACUCAACAUGCCCAUUUGUACAUCACUGCUUGUUUUCUUGCCAUCAUUAUUCUUAUUAAUGCUGCUAUUCCCACCACCAACACUACUACUAUUGUUAGUAUUAUUAUUACUGUAUGCAUCUUAUUCCUACUUAUACAAUGAAUGACCG